UUGGUGGCAGACUCUUUCCUGAACAGAGUGUGACCUUUAGAGUCAGCAACCUGAAGUGGGCAUUAUUUGGAAAACCAAUUCUGAGACGCAAGUGGAUAGCACUGCGGCCUUCUGGCUGGCGCACUACAUACCACAACGUCUGUUCGUUGUCCUGCGAGCUCUGAGAGCCUGUAUUCGCCCACCACCAGCACGUCUUUAUGGACCUCCUCUUUCACGCAUUUUCUUAUCUCCGGUUCAAGUCUGAAGGAAAUUGCGAGGCUUCCAGCGACCAGAGACAGAAGGUAAGCGACUAUUAGUGUCCUCUUCAUCAGUCCAGUGUUGCUUUUGGCUAGCCACUGUGUUCUGCGGUGAAGACACACGUGCGCAAUUUCGACAUGCAGUGCGCAUCAAAUAGAGAAGAUGCCACGUUGACUUUCGGCGCUCGUGAACUGAACGAGAACAGCAGCUAUGGCCAAAGGAAAAGCAAGAGAAUGAUCGUGGCGAGACUAGUGAGUGCAGCGGGCACCGGAUUCUUCUACACCGUCAGGAAACCGAGACUGAAGGAGAGAAUGACACUCCGCAAGUAUGACCCUGUCGUAAGACAACACGUACUGUUCGUGGAACAGAAGAAGAAAUAGUUUCAAUCACUCCUGACAUUGAGAUUUCACCAAACACUUCAUCAUAUCAACUAUAAUGUCUGUUAAGAGUGUGAGGAGGACCGUGAGGACCCUGCCAGCUCACUCCCCUUGUCCCCCUGCCUCUCCUGCCCCUUCAGGUUCUGCUCUGAGUCCACCACAAC